AUGGUUGUUGUGUACUAUAUAGAGAUCUCGCAGUACCUGUCUGUGGUUUCUGGCAAACCAGCAUAUCUUGAUGAAGAUGAAGUUUUAUUUUCCAUUGGGAGGAAGACAAUAAAGGAGUUACGUGCUGCAGCGGAUGUUGGAUUCUAUGUUGUUCGGGCCACUGUUCUUGAUGUUGAACCCGUUCCAAGUUGGUGGUAUAAAUCAUGUGUUUGCAGCGUGAAGGCAGAAGCUAAUGCGGAUGAAUACUUCUGCGAUGGCUGUAAUAGGGAUGUGAAUAAUGUGGUUGACAGGUAUAAGUUGAAUUUGUUGGUUUUUGAUGGUACUGGUACAACGAACUUUGUUGUGUUCGAUAAGGAGGUCGCAGCACUAUUCGGACGAACCUGUACUGAGAUGGUGAAAGAGUUGAAUGAAAAAGGGAAAGCAAGCAAAGAUCCUACUGGUUUUAAUGAGUUUUUCCUUGAUAAGGAGUUUCUAUUCAAGGUCGAAGUAGAAACUACUGGAUGGUGCGAUUCUUAUGAUGUAUCGGUGAUACGUUCUGAUUCUACCAAUUUACCGAGGUGGAGGGACACUCAAGGCCCGGUAAAAUCUGGUGUACCCCGUGCUGGUCCUAUUAACCCUAUGCAUCCUCGAGGUGAAGAUGAAUGUUCUGUUUGUGAUGAGUCACCUGAUCCAAUCGUGAAAAAUUUGUCUGUUAUUAAAAGACCUGUUGUGAGGCGUCUGUUGGAUGAGUUCAACAUGUCUGGUGCUCCUUCCAUUAAAAAGUAGCUGCUGUGAAACAUGAGGUUUUUCAUGUAAUGGAGAUAAAGGAGCAUGUUUUAAAGGUUUGGUGGAGUCUUGGCUAUGACUAUUGUUUAUUGAGAGAACAGAUACUAUUCAAAUUUUAAAAUAUUUUAAAUUAAAUAAUUGCUGUUUUGUUUUAUUUAGUUAUCUAUGUUUUUUGGGA